AUCCUGUCAUGGGGUGCUAUCGACAAGAUAAGCUUAUCGCGUUGAACUUAUUUGAGAUAUAAAUAUCGGCCGGAGUCUGAGCAUCUCUAGUACUCGCAGCUCAGCGUGGCUCUUUGGAGAUGAAGCUGUUUAUUUUACUGACAGGAGUGACUGCGGUGCUAUGCGCUGUGCCGCGCGCCACAAACGUCAGGAAUCUACUGGUGGAAGAUCGUGCUGAUGGUGGCUACCAACUCACCCUUGUUGACGACUCCGGAGUGUCAGAAGUCCUCGGCAUCUUAGGCCGUAACGUCGUCGUCGAUGACUCAGUGACCUUUGACGUGAGCUCGUCCUUCGACGAAGAGGCUGACGGUUACAGGAUCACUGUGACCUGGGACGGACCUAGUGACCGCGUGUUUGAAGACUGCUUCGAUUUUGGCAACAAACAAUGGUUCGCCGGCCCCGAACAAAAGAAGCAAUACUGGCCGCUCCAGCACGCCAACCUGAAGAAGUACUCCGUCAUCGCCAAAGAUGUCGACAACGCCGGCAUCGCUGAGCGCUACUGGCUCAACUCCGCCGGGCACUACUUCUACGUCCACCCCGAGGCACCCCUCUUUGUCGACUAUCACAACAGCCUAGACAACCAUAUCUGUUUCAUCGCCGAAGUCGCCGCUCCUUACUCCACAAGACGCACCCACAACGUCCUCAAAUACGACAUCUGGCUCUUCCAGAACGCCAAAGUAGCCCACCAACACGCCGUCGAUACUUAUCUAGGAAAACCCUCAGGCGUACCCGACUACCGUAUGAUCCAGUACCCCAUCUGGUCUACCUGGGCGAGGUAUUCCAGAGAAAUCGACCAGGACAACCUCUGGGCUUUCGCCAAUGAGAUUAAAGAUUCCGGGUUCCCUAACGCUCAGUUUGAAAUCGAUGAUCUCUGGGAAAUCUGCUACGGAUCCUUAACCGUCGACGAGAGGAAAUUACCCGACUUAAAGAAGCUUAUCCAGGAUAUUAAGGGAUUAGGUUUCCGAGUUGCUAUUUGGGCGCAUCCAUUAAUUAACAAAGAUUGCGAGCCUUGGUAUUCUGAGGCUCUGGAUAAAGGUUACUUUGUACUUAGCGAAGAUGGUAGCCCUGAUGGUUACUGGUGGAACAAUAACGGGUCUAUGCCUGGUUACAUCGACUUCACUAACCCGGAGGCGGCGGCGUGGUUCAGCGGCAGGCUCCAAGAUCUGAUCAAAACCUACGAUAUUGACACGCUGAAGUUCGACUCUGGAGAGUCCAACUGUUCUCCUCAGAUCCCAGUACAAAACGGCGACAUAGAUUUGCACCCUGGACAUAUCGUGCAGGCCUACGUCAGGGAAGUGGCCAAGUUCGGUCCCGCUAUCGAAGUGCGAGUCGGAACGAGGACCCAAGAGCUGCCCAUAUUCGUCCGCAUGAACGACAAAGACACGGUGUGGGACUUCAACAACGGCCUGGCUACUCUAGUCACCACUCUACUAACUAUGAACUUGAACGGGUAUACUUUGGUGCUGCCUGACAUGAUUGGAGGAAACGGAUACAACGAGAAACCGAGCAAGGAGCUGUUCAUCCGCUGGCUGCAAGCUAACGUCUUCAUGCCGAGUCUGCAAUACUCCUUCGUGCCCUGGGACCAUGAUGAUGAGACGGUGGAGAUCAGCAGAAAGUACACCCAGCUCCACGCCGACUAUGCCGAUGAAAUCGUGGCAGCUAUGGAGGCCUCGGUCAGGGAUGGCACCCCAGUGAACGCGCCCAUCUGGUGGCUGGAUCCUACGGAUGAGACAGCCCUAGCUACUUGGGAUGAGUUCCUCCUGGGCGAGAAGAUCCUCGUAGCACCAGUAUUGGAGGAGGGGGCGGUGUCCCGCGCCGUGUACCUGCCGCGCGGGACGUGGCGGGACGCCGCCGGCGCCGUGUUCGAGGGCCCGGCCACUCUGGACUACCCGGCGCCCAUCGACGUGCUGCCAUACUUCAUCCUGCAGAACUAGUCCUUCGUCUUGCAGAACUAGUCCUUCAUCCUGCAGAACUAGUCCUUCGUCUUGCAGAACUAGUCCUUCAUCCUGCAGAACUAGUCCUUCGUCUUGCAGAACUAGUCCUUCAUCCUGCAGAACUAGUACUUCAUCCUGCAGAGCCAGUACUUCAUCCUGCAGAACUAGUCCUCCAUCCUGCAGAACUAGUCCUUCAUCCUGCAGAACUAGUCCUUCAUCCUGCAGAACUAGUACUUCAUCCUGCAGAGCCAGUACUUCAUCCUGCAGAACUAGUCAUACCUACUUCAUCCUUCAAAAGUGAUAGUACUGACCAAACAGCCCACUUAGGGCACAUUUAAAUUGAAGUCUGUGUCAUGUUUUGUUUAUAACGAACUAAAAUAAAUGAGUAAUGAAUUAAAA